AUGGACGCAAAUCUCCUUCCGAACCCGUUCACGCCAUUUGCAUUUCUAACUGCCGAACAUGCAGAUCAAAUCAGAUCCGCGAGUCAUAUAGCGGCUGGUGUGACGGGAGUUCUGGUGUGGGAUGUCGUGUGCCAUUUGCAUGACGAUUAUAGGCUUCUCUUCAAACUUAGGACUGGCCUAUGUACCCUCGUUUAUUUUGUCUCGAGGCAUAGCUGCGUUCAACGCUUACUCGGAGCCACAGUUCAACCGACUGGCAACUGCGAAAUUUUUCAGAAAAUAUGCAAUUCCUUUUUCCCCAUCGCUGUCGCUAGCUCCAAUCUUUUAUUCUUCUUUCGGCUUCGGGCAGUUUGCAUGGAAAAUCCGACCAUCAUCAGAAUCGGAUUUGCUCUUUGGCUAGUGUCUCUCGCAGGAUGUCUAACCGUCCCAUUCGCCCUUGACUCAGUACCCGUCGGAAAUACCAAAUACUGCGUAAACACGGACGCCAGACCUUACGUCGCCCUUUCUGGAAUAUUCCCCUUCUUUCACGACACAUUCGUAUUCCUUGCGAUAACGUGGAAACUGACGAAGAACACACACAAAGAAAUUACUCUCAGAACUGGAGUGCGCGUUGCACUUCUUGGAGAUUAUCUCCCCGCUUUCUCAAGAGCCCUCCUCGUGGAUGGGCAGCGAUAUUAUCUUGUCACCAUCGUUACCAAUUUCAUCGCCGUUUUUAUGAUAUUCAUGCCGCUCCCGAUUGUCUAUCGACUGGUUUGGUGUUUUCCAAACGUUGCCCUGAUCAACAUGAUGGCCUGUCUUGUCUACCGGAACACAAAACUCGGUCGCUACAAAGGUUCACCGACAGCGACGUCGGACACCAAUUUUAAUGGCACGUCGGAACCCCCGCUCGCAUUUCGUCACUCCAGAACAAUACACGGUAACACUCAAAGUCGUAGCACAAUCAAUGUCAACGCCAUAAUCAAGAAGGAGCCUCUUCACGGUGAACUUUCAGUUUAA